CUCGCAUCAGUACGGCGAUCGCCUGGGAAGAAAAGCUCGAGUCGAAAUGAAGUCCGUCGUUACAGCACUUCUUGCGGCUUCUGUGGCCUACGCGCGGACUGGAACCGAGAAGAAACCGUCGCAGUCGGAGAUUGAAGCUGCUGCUGCUUCUACCGAGCCGCACUCCCCGGUUUCCAAUGUGAAAGGUCUCGCAUUUGAUCGUUUCGUUCAAGUGUGGCUCGAAAACAUCGAUUACGAGGAUGCCGAGGAAGACGAAAACAAGCAAUGGCUUGCUUCGCAGGGAAUCACCCUGACCAACUUCUAUGCCACUACGCAUCCGUCCGAGCCGAACUACUGUGCUGCCGCCGGAGGUGACACGUUCGGCAUGGACAAUGACGAUUACAAUCAAAUCCCUUCGAAUGUGUCGACGAUUGCCGAUCUUCUUGACACGAAACAGAUUGCUUGGGGCGAAUAUCAAGAGCACAUGCCUUAUCCUGGGUUCCAGGGAAACGACUACAAAAACCAAGAAACGAAGGCCAAUGACUAUGUGCGCAAGCACAAUCCUUUAGUCUUGUACGACUCGGUCACCGAGAACAGCACUCGUUUGCGUCAAAUCAAGAACUUCACUCACUUUGACGAUGAUCUUGAGAACAAGAAGCUGCCCCAAUGGGCUUUUGUGACCCCCAACAUGACGAACGAUGCGCAUGAUACCAACAUUACCUUUGCCGCCAAGUGGGAGCGUAACUGGAUGACACCCCUUCUCAAAAAUUCCUAUUUUAUGGAUAACACUCUGGUUCUGUUGACCUUCGAUGAAGACAAUACGUAUACAAAAGGCAACAGAAUCUUUAGUAUUCUUCUGGGUGGUGCCAUCCCGGACAACCUCAAGGGUACCAAGGACGAUACGUUCUACACUCACUAUUCGGUCAUCGCAACUAUGUCCGCCAACUGGGGUCUGCCAUCUCUUGGCCGCUGGGACUGCGGCGCUAAUCUGCUUGAGAUCGUGGCAAAUAAAACCGGCUAUGUUAAUUAUAACGUUGACACUACACACCUUCACCUCAAUGAAACAUAUCCCGGCCCGAUGUCUAACGGUGAUUACUCUGAAUAUUCACCGGAGUGGCCCAUCCCCUUAACAGAGGGAGAAUGUUCUGCUGGCCACGGAAUUCUUGAUAUUGUCAAGGAAACCUACAAGGGCACCAAGCCUACCUUCAACUAUACGAGUCCUUUCCCUUACGAUACCAAGAGUGGCUACAAUGAAGACGUGACAGCGACCAGGAAGGCAUCUCUCAAUGGAAGAUCCUCGGCCAUUUCCGCUUCCCCCGAAUCUACUGCCAAUGCCGGCAGUUCACUGACAUUGCCGCUUAUUGGAUCGGCCACUGGAAUCUUCAUGGAGUUUGUACUAGGACAAUUCUAGGGUAUGAACAUGGAAGGAAUCCUGUACAUAUGCGCUACGUGAGAAGGAGUAAAUAAGCCCCAAUGACUACGCAAAUCAUGGGACAUGCCAUGUUUUACUAUUCCAGUUGCACGGCCUGAAAUCUUAUCCAAAAUUGACUUCACAAAGUUGGCCAUUCGGCUACGCCAGUCUCAUUCUCAG